CUCUUGUUCAGAUACAUCAGGCUGUGUUUGUGAAUCUACAGCAAAGGGGUUUUGGAAGGAGGAGUUACAGGAAGGGAUAUUGCUCACACCAUUACAGACUCACAUCUUCCGCUCCGGAACAUUCAUUGAGAAUGUUGCUCCUUCAUGAAACAUUUAUUGUUGUUGUCUGGUCUGCAGGAGUCUAGGAAUUGCUCACAAGACUGCCUUUACCGGUUUGAGAGGACAUGUCAAGGUGAACAAUGGCUCAGCAAAUGAUUGUCCAGUGCAGCUGCCUGGAGAGCUACAAGCGGACUUGUUUCUGUAUAAGGAAGUAAUAUACACUACUGAGCAAGACUACACUGUAUGAUCAGAUCAAUUUGGAGGAUGCUGGUACCCUUUGAUAAGGUCUUUCUUGUGUCCUGAAGUGUCUUAUAGUGGCUACUGAACAACCUUAAAAACCAAUGUGUUUAGCACCUAGCAGGAAAGAUGAGAUUGAAAUGGAACCUUCUGAGGGGGCAUCGUCAGCUUCCAUUAUACAACCUAAGCUGGAUCAACCACCAAUGGGCAAAGGAGUCACCAAACUGUACCUUGUAGCUGCAGUAUUACUUUGGUUAGUAACUGGUACAACCAUAUCUAGCCUAAACAAAUGGAUAUUUGUAGUGUACAACUUCAGGUAUCCCCUGUUUCUGUCCUCACUUCAUAUGCUCACAGCUGUCUUGAUGGAAUACCCCAUGCUCCGUUUCGGCUUGGUGAAGCUGAAGGCUGAGGAAGAAGUGUCUCUGAAUGCCACUGCCAGGUUUAAAAUCUUUCUUCUGAGUUUGACUUUCUGCUCCAGCAUUGCCUUUGGGAACCUGGGACUAAGCUGCGUUCAGCUCUCUUUGGCUCAGAUGAUUUAUACGACAACCCCUUUAUUUACGCUGGUACUUUCAAAAGUAUUCCUGGGUGCCAGACAGCACACACUGAAGUACACUGCCAUGAUCCCUAUAUGCCUGGGGGCCUGCUUCAGCAUUAUCGGAGAGGCUCAGUUCGACCAAACUGGAUGUAUGUACCUUUUUGCUUCUACCUUUCUCAGAGGACUGAAAUCUAUACAACAGAGUUCACUUCUGAAAGAGGAGAGAAUUCACUCGGUAACAUUGCUGUAUCUGAUGUCCAUCCCCAGCUUCUGCAUCCUCUUUAUGGCUUCAGUGCUACUGGAGAGAGAGAUAGCAUGGGAAACACCACCAGACUGCCACAACAAACUCUGGUUCUUCAUUGUUCUCAGUUGCUUGGGAUCUGUCUUGUAUAAUUUGGCAAGCUUCUGUGUCAUCACCCUGACCUCUGCAGUCACCAUACAUGUGUUAGGAAACCUCAACUUGGUUGGUAACCUUGUCCUAUCUAGAGUGCUCUUUGGAAAUCAGUUGACAUUUCUUAGUUACACAGGCAUUGGUCUAACACUGGCAGGGAUGUUUAUGUAUCACAACUGUGAUCUUAUAGAGGAACACUUUGGAUCUAGAAAAUCUCUUCAUACUCCUGACCAGCAUGCCAAGUCAGAGUGAUUCAUAUCACCAAAGAUGCCCAGUUUGCGAAGGAUUGUUUAUCUGCCAAA